AGCAGACCCCGUUGUGUGCUGCUGUUGUCGGCCCCUGUGUGAGGCUCCGUUUGAUUCCUGAUGUCAGAGGAGAGAAGCAGCAUGCUUGUCCACCUAAAGCAUUUUUCUGCAUGGCCGCUACACGUUUUCGGGGAGUUGUGAUUAGGCCGCACAUUUUCUUGGCAAGCUGAGCAGGGAAGGUGGGACAGACUGUAAUUUAAAUUCGUCCAAAUAAGAAAGGCAUCAUUUGAGCCCUCCCGGGGAGUGAAACUAAAAAGCAUUCCGAUGGUUGAUUACUUAUCAUUCCUAAAAAGGUUUUGAUGUCUUAGAACUCCCUUCAGCCCUAGCACUGAAUUCGCUUCUCGCUCACAUCCUCCCCCUCCCGACCCCCAACCCCAACUGUGCUUUUUCCAGCCAGUUCCAGGCAGCUCAGAGAGUUUCACCCUAUGCGAUGUGCCACAAGAGAGGAAAACAAACAAACAAACAAACAAAACCAUGAUCCCUGUUGGCUGUGUGACACUCUUGGAGGCCAGGCCAACGUCUGAAGAGCAAAAUACGCAGUCAGAUCAACAGAUGCUGGUGAAAAAUAACCACCUUUCCGACAAGAUCAUUGUUGUGCCAGGGAAAAUUGAAGACAUCUCUCUUCCUGAGGCUGUGGAUGUGAUCAUUUCUGAACCGAUGGGUUACAUGCUGUUUAAUGAAAGGAUGCUGGAGAGUUACCUUCAUUCCAAAAAAUGGCUGAAAGCAAACGGAAUGAUGUUCCCAACAUUCGGCGACAUCCAUUUGGCCCCCUUUUCUGAUGAACAGCUCUACAUGGAACACUACUCCAGAGCCAACUUUUGGUACCAGCAAUGCUUCUAUGGGGUCAACCUGUCCAGUCUCCGGGGGGCUGCAGUGGACGAGUAUUUCAGACAGCCAAUAGUAGACACAUUCGACAGUAGGAUUUUGAUGGCUCGGACGGUCAAAUACACAGUCAACUUUAUGGACGCAGAAGAGGCAGAUCUCCACAGAGUAGAAAUCCCCUUUGUGUUCCAGCUGACGCAGUCCGGCCUCGUCCACGGCCUGGCGUUCUGGUUUGACGUGGCCUUUGUCGGAUCUCUGGUAACAGUUUGGCUGUCAACAGCCCCAACUGAGCCUCUGACUCAUUGGUAUCAGGUGCGGUGCCUUCUUCACACUCCUCUCUUUGCCAAAGAAGGAGAGACCCUCUCAGGGAAAGUGCUGUUUGUAGCCAACAGACGACAGAGCUAUGACAUUCAGAUUGUGGCGCUGGUAAACCAGACAGGCUUCAGAUCUGGGAACAUCCUCGAUUUAAAGAAUCCUUUCUUUAGCUCCUUUCCUAAAUGUCUGCCAUGGUGACUUUGGGCUGACUGGCAACGAGGAGCCUAUUCUGCAUGUCUUAAGUGGAGGAGUGGCAUAAUUGGAUCUCUUUGGUGGCAGUAUGGAGGAGGAAUUCGCGGAAGAAGAGACUCUGAGCAGGCAAAUCAAUUAAGCUCUAGACUGACUAUGACUGAAAGUAACAUGAUAGCACAGCAACUAAAGGUGUGGGCUCUUUAGUUAGAGACACCUGAAUUGUCACAUCCUAGAUAGACUUGGGCCAGUCACAUGCCUUCUCUAGCUUCACUUUCCUUAUCUGUUGAAGUGAUGGCGAGAGGGUUCUUUGUGAGGGCUGAAAGAAAUGAUUGUGUAUGAUGCAUAUAACACAGUGCCCGGGUCAUUACAGGUAGCUAGUAUUAUACUAUCAUAGGAAAUGGAUUCUUACCAGUUUCUCCUAGUCUCACAUUUACAUACUUUCUAAAACUGCUGUGCUUUCAGUUACAAGAAGGAAAAGCCCACAUGCUUGACCACCCCCAUCUUCGGGACUCUCUCCCCUCUGCAACCCAUAAUUGCUUGGGGCGGAAGGGGUGACUGUUCUUUCUCCUGCUUCAUAAUCUUGUCUUCACCUUCUUUCUCCUGCUUCAUAAUCUUGUCUUCACCUUUAGGCAGCAGUCUCAAGCUCUCCCAUAUGGAGUAGCAUCCUCUCUACUGUACAUGAGGAACUCUUGGUUGGGUCCCUAAUAUACGAAACGAAUUUAGAAAAAUCCACUUUCCGUUCAGAGCCUCAUUUUAAACAUCUUGUCUUGCCCAAGAAAUCACCUCAUUCAUGUAUUCAUCCCUUCAUUUGUUCACCAUCUC